AUGGGGCUGAGAAGGAAUCGUGGCUCAUUCGGUGUUUUGCGGGGCGAAAACGAAUGCGCUGUUGAUAUGGUGGGGUUUGGAGGGGUGCUGAUGGUGCUGGUGCUGCUGGUGCUGAUGGUGCGGAUGAUGCUGAUGGUGUGGAUGGACGAGGCCCCACUGAGGAAUGACGGAUCGGAAACUCUGCAACCUAAAUGCCACGGAUUGGCGGAAUCCGAGCAAAUCAAAGACGACGCACAGGCCCAGGCAAGAAUGAACGAGGCCGGUGAAAAGGCGGGCGAGGGCCAGUGA